CAAUAGGAUCUGGUGGAAGAAAAUCAGGCAGACACAGACACGCACCAACUGGGAGUCCAGAACUUCUAGCUGGCUCUCUGCUAACCCAGCUUCACCAAAGGGUGGGGAGGAACAGAGGAGUGCUCCAGCGUCCAGAGGAGAGGCAGGUGUGUGCAGGUACAUCACCUGGAUCAUGAGGGCAUCCUUCUUCUGGUUCCUCCCACUUCUCCUCAUCUUGGCCUCAGUGGCCCAAGGCCAGCCAAGACCGAAACCUGGGAUUAGGCGUAAACCCAAGCCAAGGCCCACACCCAGCUUUCCUCAGCCCCACGAGCCAGCAGAGCCCACAGACCUGCCUCCACCUCUUCCUCCGGGCCCUCCAUCUGUCUUCCCUGACUGUCCACGGGAAUGCUACUGCCCCCCUGACUUCCCGUCAGCCCUCUACUGUGACAGCCGAAACCUUCGCAAGGUCCCAGUCAUCCCACCCCGAAUCCACUACCUUUACCUGCAGAACAACUUCAUCACCGAGCUCCCCGUAGAAUCUUUCAAAAAUGCCACAGGCCUGAGGUGGAUCAACCUGGACAACAACCGCAUUCGCAAGGUGGACCAGAGAGUGCUGGAGAAGCUCCCCGGCCUGGCAUUCCUCUACAUGGACAAGAACCAGCUGGAAGAGGUGCCAUCAGCUCUGCCCCGGAACCUGGAACAGCUGAGGCUAAGCCAGAACCUCAUCUCCAGGAUCCCGCCCGGAGUGUUCAGCAAGCUUGAGAACCUUCUGCUUCUGGAUCUGCAGCACAAUAGGCUGAGCGACGGAGUCUUCAAAGCCGACACCUUCCAGGGCCUCAAGAACCUCAUGCAACUCAAUCUGGCCCACAACAUCCUGAGAAGGAUGCCCCCCAAGGUGCCCCCGGCCAUUCACCAGCUCUACCUGGACAGCAACAAGAUCGAGACCAUCCCCAGCGGAUACUUCAAGGACUUCCCCAACCUUGCCUUCAUCCGCAUGAACUACAACAAGCUGUCCGAUCGAGGGCUCCCCAAGAACUCCUUCAACAUCUCCAACUUGCUGGUGCUCCACCUGUCCCACAACAAGAUCAGCAAUGUGCCAGCCAUCAGCAACAAGCUGGAACACCUGUACCUCAACAAUAAUAGCAUAGAGAAGAUCAAUGGGACCCAGAUUUGCCCCAGCAACCUAGUGGCCUUCCAUGACUUCUCCUCGGAUCUGGAAAACGUGCCACACCUGCGCUACCUGCGGCUGGAUGGGAAUUUCCUGAAGCCACCCAUCCCGUUGGACCUCAUGAUGUGUUUCCGCCUCCUGCAGUCUGUGGUCAUCUAGGCUGUGCCCAGAGCUGGACCUCCUCUGACAGCACUUGAAGGCUGGUGGCCCAAGCUCACUGUUUUUAUCUGUCUCCCUCUCUUGCUCCCAGCCCUGCCUUUUGUCCCUUGAUGUGGAUGGUAAAUACCACAUAACCUGCUCCAGCUCUAAAGCAAGAGUCCCCACCCAGUCCAAAGACACCCUGCCAGCCAAAACCUCUGGUCUUCUUUGGUCUCCCUUUGCUUCAGAAACAUAGGUGGAUGCCAACAGACACAUCCCCUCCACCCCCCACUCCACAAGUCUCUCCUGGGUAAGGCUGGGCCAUGGACUGACAUCUUAUUUUAGUGUUAGCCGAGUAAGAAGCAGAAACCAUUCCGGAGGUGAACCCUGGAAAGUUCCACUGAGAAUCCUUCCAUUUGGGCAACUCUGUCUCAAGAAGGCUGAUAGAUCCAGGUCUCCUAAGCCCGAGAUCCCUUCUAAAGCUGUCGCUCUGCCACUGUUCCCUGACAUCACACAGAUGUCACCCUGCUCUCUGCUGUCCCGAAUUCUUCAGAAAGGAAGUGUGGAGGAAUGAAUGACUAAGGUGGGGUAGAGGGUCAGGGUUCCCCACAAGUUCCAGCCCUUCCUCCCUUGGGGUAAACACAGAGCCCCCUUAGAUGGACCUCAGAGAGGAACAGUCAGGGAGGCACAGAGUGGUUCAAGGAACUAGACUUUAGCUAAUAGGUGGUGGCUGGGGGUGUCAGAGCCCCAAACUGGGCCUGUGUGGAUGUAGACAGGCCCUGCAAUCUCCCUCACCCAAACUUGACAAAAGGCUCUAAGCCCUGGAGGACAGUGUUCGCAAUGGAGGGCCAAGAGGCUUUGUCCCUGCUUCGUCUGCUCUCUAUCAUGGGUGAGACUCAGUCAGUCGCCCCACCCCAAAGGCAGUUCUUGAGAAACAGAGGAAGAGGUGGAGCGCCUAGAAAUCUCCCAGAAGCCUCUUCCACACUGGGGAUUAGCCUCUACCUCUAAGGCUGACUCAUCAGCGACAUCUGGUGGCUGGUGAAAGUCACAGCUGAGUCCCCUCUCUUUGCGUGAUACUGCGAUUCUCUGAUUCUAUAGGGGAACCAGCUGAGUGUCUUUCUCCUGUUGGGUCUAAAGGGAAGGGCAGAGGUUGGGGGUUCGUUCCCAUCAGGAGUGAUUGUGAGUGGGAAGGCUUUGAGAGUCUAAGGAAAGCUAGCUUGAGAAUGGCCGUGUCAGGUCUCUCUUGCUCUCGGCUUCCACAGUAGGUCCGAUGCUCCUCCAAGGCCCUCUGAGAGCAUCUGUUUCACAUCUGUGCACCCUCUUCUAGCGCACACCUAACGCAGGACAAGUGGCAUCGCCCUCCCUUUGCAGUAAUUUAUUCCCUGCAUAGAGUGUCCCUCCCCCAACGACUUCCCACUCCUCUUUCCUAGCCCAGGUGAGCAGCUUGGCAGGUUCCCAAGAACCUGGGCUUCCUGCCUUUCCCUUCCCUUCUCCUCCCUCUAGGGAAGGCUGCCUUUGCCCUGCCACAGUUCCCUGGGUGGAUGAGGAGGAGGAAUAUGUGGAGAUGAAUGUUCUGGAAGUGAGUGAAACACAGGACCCAUCCUCCUUAAGCUGGGGCAGGCUCUGGAGGCUUCACGGUGUCACACAAACCUAUUUGAAGACAUUGGAUUAGGCUGGGCCCUAUAGUCCAGAAGCUCCAUUUAUAUUCUCAGUCACCUUUCUCGUUGUUGAAAAUAGAGCCCACUUCAUACCGCCUCUUCCCUGCAGUGCAACGUCCUCAUUCUUCCUAGUUGCAGCUGGUUUCUCCAAGGCUCCUGCUUAAAGUCAAUGUAUUAUUAUGGCUGAAAGCAACCUGGUGCUACGGCCUGGACAAGCCCCCUCUGCACCCACGAUAACCUGCAACCUCUGGCCCUCUCAGGAGGCCCACGGGGAUCACAGCUCCUGUGGCCGCUAGGGAUGGGGGGUGGGCACUGAUCCUGCAAACCUGAACUAGCAUCCCACCAUUGGCAUCCCAUUAUCCAACCUGGACCAUGCCAGCUUCCUCCCCUGCUCUCUGCAUCUGUCAGCUGGAGGGACAAGAGUUAAGCUGGCUUUACAGGAAACAUACAGACAGUGCUGGUUACCGCGAGGUUUAGACACAAGUUUAUUCAAUCAGUGCCUUUAGCAUUUAUACAUGCAGGCAUGUGCGUGGGUACACACGUGCGCAUGUGCGAACUCACACCCUGUGCAUCUUAUCCAUUCUCCAGACCAUGUUAACUCUGAUCCAGCUUCCACAUUUCAACAAGCUUCACCGCAGAGGAAAUAAAGUCAUGUGGGAAACACCCAGCGUGAACCUGA